AUGUUGAGGUCGUGGGAUAAUGGGGUUGAAGAGGCUCUUCAGAAACUUGAACACCUUCAACUCCUUCGUUCUCUCAGACCCAUUUACCUCCAAAAUGGACCAACCCAAGAAGCCCAAAACCCCGUCGAUGAUGAAUUCCAUGUGUUCGAUGAAAUGCAGCCGUGGGACCGAUCCUCUGUGGAGGUCCACAUUCCUGAACCCACGUUCCAGAAAUGGCUCCACGACAUUCCCAGUUCCGGAGAUGAGGAAGGUACCCAUAAGUUCAGAAAGCUGUUACUAUUCUCUGGGAAUGACUAUUUGGGCCUGAGCUCACAUCCUACCAUUGGAAAAGCUGCUUCCAAGGCAGCCCUAGAACAUGGGAUGGGCCCCAGGGGCUCUGCUUUAAUAUGCGGAUAUACCGAUUACCAUAGGCGACUCGAGUCAUGCAUUGCAGACUUAAAGAAGAAAGAGGAUUGCCUUCUUUGUCCCACAGGAUUUGCAGCCAAUAUGGCCUUGAUGGUAGCUUUGGGAAAUGUUGGCUCUCUCUUGGCUGCUGGAAAAACUCCUUUAACUAAUGAAAAAAUUGCCAUUUUUUCUGAUGCACUGAACCAUGCGUCAAUAAUCGAUGGUAUUCGUCUUGCUGAACGACAAAAAUCUGUAGAGAUAUUCAUCUAUAGACAUUGCGACAUGACUCACCUUAAUGCAUUGUUAUCAAGUUGCACAAUGAGGAAGAAAGUCGUCGUGACUGAUAGGCAAGUGCUACUUUCUGUACCAUCAUUUCACUUGUUUAGCAUGGACGGAGACUUUGCACCAAUGAUUGAGCUUGUGAAGCUACGCAAAGAGCAUGGCUUUCUGUUAGUUAUUGAUGAUGCUCAUGGAACAUUUGUUUGUGGCAAAAAUGGUGGCGGAGUGGCAGAGCAAUACAAUUGUGAAAGAGAUGUUGACAUAUGUGUUGGGACUUUGAGUAAGGCUGCAGUUUAUAGUAGUUGUAGCAAAUAUGAAAUGAAAACGCUGUGCACUAUUCCUGACAAAAGGUGGAAGCAACUCAUACAAUCAAGGGGUCGGUCUUUUAUAUUUUCAACUGCUACGCCGAUACCAAUUGCUGCUGCUGCCCAUGGACUGGCAGUCUGGCUGAGUGGUAAUAGGAAAGAGUGUAGAUCUCGUACUGCUCUUAUUGUGGCAAGAAAGGAAACAUGGCGUAGAAGGGAAAUUUGGAAUCGGGUGCAAGACUUUCGUGCUCUCACUGGAAUCCCCAUAAAUAGUCCCAUAAUAUCUCUUAUUGUAGGGAGCGAAGAGAAGGCUCUGCAAGCAAGCCAGAGUUUGUUGAAAUCUGGUUUCCAUGUGACUGCAAUUAGACCCCCAACAGUGCCACCCAACUCAUGCAGGCUACGCGUGACAUUGAGCGCAACACACACAAGAGACGAUAUUGAGAGGUUCACAGCCGCACUCUCCCUUUGUGUCAAUUUCCAAGAAAUUGGCAUCCACGGCUCAAAUGGUGGAUAUGCAAGGCUUUAG